CGCCGCCACCCUCGUCGUCGGAACGCUCAGACGCUCGGUCCGAACCUUGCAAUGUGGAGGUGCAGUCCUCUCCUCCGCCUCCACGACGCUAACUCCUAAUGCCGCCUCCCACCCCUGCUACAUGCCGAACAAAUGGGGGGAAGAUAAAAGGAUUUGGAUAAGAGGAGGGGAGGGCGAGUCGAACUGCAACACGGCAGAGGCUUCAGUUCCAAUCUCUACUUUGACCUCCAACGCGAGCGCCCCUGCCACGACCUCGACCUCGAUCGGCGGCGCUCACAUCGACUGGCCAGCUCGCCCGGUGGCUGCGCUGGUGACCCAGCGACCGGCGUGCCGAUGUGCCCUUCUGUCCAAGAUGGCCGCCGCGCUUCCGCCCUAUCUCCAUUGCCUUCCCUGCACAGGUGCAAGGGGGAGGAGUAGCAGUCCUCUAUCGUGUGAUGAUCAAUUUACAAAGGAAAAGAAGUCAACGUACUAUAUCCCAUGGUUAUGCCCAUGCAAUUGCUUUUGACAACUUAAAGGCUGCUCAGAUAUGUUAUGUAGUACCGACCACCUAGCUCAGUACUUGUAUUUCAACAGUUCAACAACAAAAGUUACAAAUUAUUGGUUGCUACUACUGAUGUAUAUUUAGCCUAUAGUUGUUGCUUGCAGGAGUAGCAUGCAGUCAACUGAAUAUCAUAGGUUAUCUACGGAUAUACCGGUAUUCUCCUUUUGUGGUCGCCUCUUCAGCGAAUGGACAAUCGUGACCUCUUUACGGAGGUCUGUACACGAUUGAAGGCUACGACGAGAGAUACUUUUUCCCUACAUGGGUGACCGCAUAACCUACAGAUUGGAGCUCCACCUACUCCAUAGGGGUUUUACAAUUUCUCGAUACGAUAUAUAGUUUGCCUAUUUCUCUUUUUUGCUUUUUUGAGACAUAUAAACAGCUGUCUGGAUCCUGUUAUGCAGAGACUGAGUGUAAUUACUUCUUUAAGUAAUAAAAACGUCCAUUAUCGAAAAAACGUAAUCUGAGCAUCGAUGGCCACAGGAACCUGAUGAUGCCAAGCAGCUAGCUAGCUUCUUCUGUGACCACUGGCACUCAGCAUCUAUGCCCUAAACUAUUCCUUCUUUAUCCAGGUUUCUCUUAAACCAGUAGCCAUGCACUUUGUACCAUUCCUCAACUCGCCUUUGCCUCCAUGCUUUAAUCAACAGUGCUUAGCAUUAACACCAGAGUUGACCUCUCAGACAUAAAGUUAGUAACCUGACUGAUAAUGCUCUCUCACAUCACCACAUGCACAAGCAAUGCUUGUUUAUAGUACUUUCUCCGUCCUGACAAGGACGUCGCAAAUUUAUCUAAAUUUGGAUGAAAUAGUAUCUAGAUACAUCUAAAUUUAGAGAAAUUUGUGACAUCCUUUUAGGUAGGGAGGGAGUGUUGCUUGUACUAUAAGACAGAUAGGAACAAGGCUGCUACAAAGAUAGUUAGUGCCCACCACCUAGGACAGACAAGACACCUUGAGCUUCAGGUUAGCAGAGAGUUAAUGGUGUCGAUGGAGUUGCUGAUGCCGGUGGCUGCCAUGCUCGCUUUCGAUACCCUCUUUGCGCUGAUGACAGUGCUGGUGAAGAAGGCACUCGACGGCGGCCUGAACCCUGUCGUUCUAAUCGCUCUGCGGCAGUUUGUUGCCGCAGUUUUCCUGGCCCCAAUUGCAUACUUCCGAGAAAGGAAUGCAAGACCAAAAUUCACAAAGGAGAUAUUUGCUUACUUAUUCAUGAGCGCGCUACUCGGGGCACUAUUUGCUCAGUAUCUAUUCUUCUUGGGGUUGAGCUACACCACUGCAACACUCGCUGCAGCCGUCUCGAACAUGACUCCAGUCUUUACCUUCUUGAUCGCCGUCCCUCUCCGGUUGGAAACAGUUGAUGUGAGGAGCAAGUCAGGUGUUGCUAAGAUCGCAGGAACACUUGUGUCGGUUGGUGGCGCAACGCUGCUGAGUCUGUACAAGGGUGCUGCUCUGACUCACACAACAUCUUCAGCGCAAGAGCACAUCACCACCAGCAGCAGCAAGGGUAGAUGGAUGCUGGGCUCGGCGUUGCUGCUGUUGAACUGCAUCACCUUCGCAUUCUGGAUGUUGCUGCAAGGGAAACUCACCAAAAAGUACCCUGCAGUCAUCUCGAGCACUGCAUUCAUGGCCUUAAUCAGCUCACUGCAAGCAGGAGCGCUGGCACUCACCACCCAAAGGCACCUCUCCGUGUGGCUUCUCCGAGGAACCACACAGAUCGCAACCGUUCUUUUCGCGGGAGUGGGAGUGUCGGGGAUAGGGUACGUGCUGAUGACCUGGUGCAUUGAGAAGAGAGGGCCGGUGUUCACUGCAGGCUUCUUGCCUCUCAUUCAAAUCAUAGCUGCAGUCCUUGGUCUCUUCAUCCUUCAUGAACAGCUUUACCUUGGAAGUGUGGUAGGUGCUGCUCUUGUCAUCGGAGGCCUCUAUCUUCUCCUCUGGGGGAAGAGCAAGGAAGCAUCAUCAGCUUCUCUUUUGUUGGCGAAAGGAGCGGAAGAAGACAGGGAGAAGCAACCAAAUUUGUGUGCACAUGAAGGGCACUCUUAGUUAGUCUUCGGAACGUCAAGUAUCAUCCAAAAUGUUCCAAUUAUGUCCAAUGUGUGUUGCUACAACUAUGAAUAAGUCAGUGCCAUAUUUGUGAUCAUUGUGCA